UGAAAAAUAUGGAGUCAGAUGACGCAACAUUUCCGGGUGUCGCAGUACGCGCUGGAGGUAACUGUCGGUCAUUCAGCUUGCCAGCAGCAACAGACUGGCGUACACGAUACGGCUCUGGAGGUUACACAUUUUGGAGCCAAUAAGACAUCCCUAAGUCUUCCUGAACUUUGACCCCAGGAUCCUCAUUUGGACCCUGAACAACAGAUUCCCUCUAUAUCAGGCUUGGCCUGAUCCCUUCAUCUCACAGUUUUUUUCACAGCAGACGUGCGUCUAAACAUGGACCGGAGCACCAUUCUACUGUUUCCCGUACAUGCACUUGUGUGGCUAUACUCCCUCCUGAGCUUUCUGCCAUGGUACUUCCUCACGGGAGCACAGGAAAAGAAAGCCCUGGCAAAGAGGCUGAAAUCCAAGUCUACCACAGGCCAAUCGGAUGGACCUUACCGUUCCGUUGAUCACUUUGAAUCUCUGGUGAGGGUGGAUUUCCCUGGAAAAGACACCCUUGACAAGCUGUUUGACUAUGCGGUGCAGCGUUUCGGUGAAGCAGACUGCCUGGGUACCCGAGAAGUUCUCAGUGAAGAAAAUGAGACCCAACCGAGUGGGAAAGUCUUUAAAAAGUUAAUUCUUGGUGAUUAUAAGUGGAAGUCCUAUAAGGAUCUGGAUGUUGAGAUCAGUCAGUUUGGGAGUGGGCUGGCAGCACUAGGCCAACAGCCAAAAAGCACCAUUGCCAUUUUCUGUGAGACACGUGCGGAGUGGAUGAUUACUGCUCAGACCUGCUUCAGACGCAAUUUCCCAUUGGUGACCUUUUAUGCGACUCUUGGAGAAGAGGCAGUGGUUUUUGGAUUGAAUGAAUGUGGAGUUACCCACCUCGUCACCAGUGUAGAACUGCUGGAAACCAAGCUGAAAAGCGUUCUUCCUCAAAUCCCCAAUCUGAAACACAUCAUCUGUGUGGACAGGAAGGGUAUCAACACUGCAGGAUAUCCACAGGGCAUACAGAUCCACAGCAUGCAUUCUGUGGAGGAGCUAGGAGCCAAGCCAGAAAACUUGAGCAGAGAAAUAGUGAAGCCUGUUCCAUCAGACCUUGCUGUUAUUAUGUACACCAGCGGUUCUACUGGCAGACCUAAAGGAGUAAUGAUUAUCCAUAGUAACCUCAUUGGUGGCAUGGCAGGCCAGUGUGAAAGGAUACCUGGCUUGGGCCCAAAGGACACAUACAUUGCUUAUCUUCCUUUGGCUCAUGUGUUGGAAAUGACAGCUGAGAUCUCAUGUGUGACCUAUGGCUGCAGGAUAGGCUAUUCCUCCCCACAAACUCUGUCUGAUCAGUCAACCAAGAUUAAGAAGGGAAGUAAAGGUGACUGCACUGUGCUAAGACCUUCCUUAAUGGCUGCUGUACCUGAAAUAAUGGACCGAAUCAAUAAGAAUGUCAUGAGUAAAGUGCAGGAAAUGAGCUGUGUGCAGAGGACCCUGUUCAAACUGGCUUACGACUACAAGCUCGAGCAGAUCAAGAAGGGUUACGAUGCGCCGCUUUGCAAUAUUGUGUUUAAGAAAGUGAGAGCGCUGCUGGGUGGGAAUGUACGUAUGAUGCUGUCCGGAGGAGCUCCUCUGUCUCCUGCCACUCAACGCUUCAUGAACAUCUGUUUCUGCUGUCCUGUUGGUCAGGGAUAUGGUCUUACAGAGACCUGUGGAGCAGGCACUAUAACUGAGGUUGCAGACUACAGCACUGGACGAGUAGGAGCUCCUCUGAUCUGUUGUGAGAUCAAACUAAAAGACUGGGCAGAAGGUGGCUAUACAAAGCACGACAACCCUCAUCCUCGUGGUGAGAUCCUCAUUGGAGGUCCUAAUGUGACCAUGGGCUACUACAGGAGUGACAUCUCUAACAAUGAGGACUUCUAUGUGGAUCAGAAUGGACAGCGAUGGUUUUGCACUGGUGAUAUCGGGGAGAUGCACCCUGAUGGCUGUCUUCAGAUUGUUGAUCGCAAGAAGGACCUUGUGAAACUUCAGGCCGGGGACUACGUCUCUUUAGGCAAAGUUGAGUCAGCAUUGAAGAACUGUUCUCUCAUUGACAACAUCUGCGCAUACGCAAACAGUGACCAGAACUACGUCAUCAGCUUUGUUGUUCCUAAUCAGAAGAAGCUCACAGCUCUUGCCAAUCAGAAGGGUAUCGAGGGCACGUGGGAAGAGAUCUGCAACCAUCCACUUAUGGAGAGGGAAGUUCUGAGAGAAAUUAAGGAAGUUGCAACUUCAAUUAAACUACAGCGCUUCGAGAUACCAGUCAUGGUCCAUUUGAGUCCGGAGCCAUGGACCCCUGAGACAGGCCUAGUGACUGAUGCAUUCAAACUGAAGAGGAAGGAACUGAAGAACCACUAUCUUAAUGACAUCGAAAGAAUGUAUGGCCACAAGUAGGACCUCUUAUCACAGCCAAAGACACCUUCAUCAGAUCCUCGCAGUGUACAAUUGCUGUAUAUCAAUAAAUGUUUAAAAAAAAAAAAAAAAGUUUGCCACAACCUCACCACUGCCCAUUGCUUAGUGAUGUGCACCAAUUUUUGAAGACAAACAGUGUUGAUGAGCUGUUGGUCUGUGCAUUUUUUAUUCUGGAUAACAAGCAGAGCUAUGUGGUCUUUUCAUUCAAAGAACUGUAGUCUCUUUGCUAUAAAGUAGUUUACAAUAAAAUGAGUCAUAGCUGAGUAGACCUGUUGGGUAGUGGACAAUAUUCAGCUUAUCCAACAUAAAACAUCCACUAAUUUCUCCCUGUAGUAUGCAGGAGUCUAUUGUAAAAAAAAAAAAAAAAAAGAUUUCAACCAUUGAACAGCGAUAUACUGCCAUCACUUUUUGUUGUUGUAUGAAAAUGUAUCUUUGUAAAAAAAAAAAAAGUUUUUUGUUUGUUUGCAUGGUUUAAAAGAAUUUGAAAAAUUAAUUGCUAGCUGAGGUUGUCAUUGCACUGCGAAACUCUGCCUCCUUUUGGAGGAAAGUAAUAUAUACAGUGGUGAUGUUUCUGUGCCUUCUGAUUGUUUGUUAUUUUCAAUGUUGAUUCCCUAUUGGUGGUAAAUUCCUGUGCUUCAUCCACUCAGUACAUCAGGAGCUAGCGGCUCCUUGAUGGUUACAAACCACUGUUAUUUCACUUGAGUUUAUUUUAUGUUGAAAAUGUAUCUAGUGGAGUUAGUUCUGAGUUCUUUUGUUCCAUAUGCUCAUGGAAUGACUUGGGAUUUGUUGAGAUGACUUGCAAGUGGUUUGUUGCUGAUUUGUACUGUUAGACAACUGAAAUGAAGGGAAAUUUUUUUAGGAAUAAUAUCUUCCCAUCUUAAGCCACAGAGGUAAUGGUUGUAGUACAGCCGUAUCAUCAUUUUUUAUACUGACAUAAAUCACUGAUUCUAGUGUUGACCAUGUCUGGAGAAAGUGAUUUGUUUAUAGAGCUCUUUAGGUUGAAGUCCACAAACUCGGAAGAGAAUUCGCCUUGGGUUCCCUGUGGACUUUCCUAUUGGUUUUUUAAAAAUGAUAGUUUUGGAUUUAUGAGAAAUAUAAGGACUGGGGUAAAUAUUACUUGACAAUAUAUGGAUGUUUUGUUGUACUCGUAUAUCAAACAGGAAUUUUCAAGCUGCAUUGAACUGCAGACUUUUUAAAAAUAAAUUUGUAAUUAAUGUUGUAGAACAAAACGUCCAAGCAUCUUCAAGUAAUGUUAACCAUAGACCUUAUUUUACUCAAAAGUUGAAACACCCCAUCAUCAAAACCCAUAGUAAAUCCUUAUUGAACCAUGGCGAAUUACAUUUCCGAGUUCGCCUAAGAAUUGACAUCACAGCUGAACAGCUCUAUUGUCACAAGCUCUAUUAUCUGAUUAUUUAUAUAUAUAUAUAUAUAUCAUCAGAUUUUAAUACAUUUGGUAAUGUUAUCACCUCUGUUCUAAAAUAAGUUUUCUGAGAUCAUUGAAAAAAAAAAAAAAAACAAA